UGGCUCUGCUUUGCGUGGCCCUGCUGGGCAGCGCCGCUGGCACACAAAUCACGGCGCUGCCAGGUAGAUAAGGAGCCAUGUGAUGCACUGGAGCGCAGCGGGCGGCAGGGUAAAGGUGCACAGGGAAAUAACCUUGCAGGGAGUUCCUCCCUCCCUUCUCGGGAGCAGGGUCCGGGCAGCGCCGAUCCCGCGGCUCCCAGCUCGGCCCGGAUGCCUGCUCGGGCUUUGGGGGCUCUCUGAAACUCCCGGCAAGCGCAAUGUCCUUCAGCAGGAGGAACUGGUCCGAUCUCUCCAGCCUGGCCAGGCAGAGGACCCUGGAGGAUGAGGAGGAGCAGCAGAGAGAGCGCCGGCGAAGGCACCGGAACCUGCUGUCAUCCACAUCCCUGGAGGAGGAGCCUGCCAGCCCUGCCAAAGACACCAGCCCUGCCAAAGACACCAGCCCAGCUUCCAGCAGGUUGUCACCCCACGUUGUUCCUGUCCCUAGACCUCCAUCCCUGGUGAAGCCGCAGUCUCCGGAGGACGGGGAGGAGCCGAAGCUCUCGGAGGUGCUGAAGACACACGAAGGGAGAAGGACGAGGUGCCUCCCACCUGCGUGUGAAAAGCUGAGGCAGGAGAAGGAGCAGAAGGAGGCGGGGGUGGCAGAAAGCUGCCCGGAGAGGGGGCCACAGCCCCGCGGGAGGCGGGAGAGCGGCCGGGCUGCGGAGCGGGCUCGGGGGGCGGCCGAGGGCAGAGCGGACCCGCCCGGAGACACGAGCCUGGAGCCGGCAGCCGAGGGGAAGGUGGUGCUGAGGGCACGGCUGCAGGACAGAGAAGGAGCAGGGACCCCUCGGGGGGAGCAGAGGAAGGAGGAGAAGGAGCCGCCAGAGGCGGGGAGCUGCCGGCUCCGGGAGGUGAAGAUCCUCACCAGGCUGGGAAACCGCGGCACGGGAGAGAAAACCUCAGCCGUGACCUCAUCUCCAGAGCAGCAGCAGCCCCCCAGGAACCCCUCAAAGCAGGUAAUCCAGCUGUCCCCUCGCCAGGAUGAAGCUGCAGAGGAGCCAGAGCUCUCUCCAGCUCACGUCACCUUCAGCAGCUCCAUCCGCCGGGCCAGCCCCAGGACCGUGUCCUUCCGGAUCAUCUCCAGGAAGCAGAAGGAGAGCCAAAGCCCUCUCACAAGGAGUGCGAGUCUGAGGAUCCCAGGCAGCAACAGCACCAUUGGGGAGAAGCUGGAAAAGUACAACUCGGCUGUGCAGCGCUCGGAGGGGGUGAAAUCCUCCGUGCCUGUGCAGAAGAGUCGCCUGCUCUCCUCGGAAGGGGUGGCGAGCAAGCGCAACUUCUUCGAGGGCAGCGCUCCCGGCAAGGCGGAGCCGGCGGCGCUCAGGAAGGACAACCUGAAGAUCCCAGGAUCGGUGACAUCCCGCAUCAAUCUGUGGAUCAGCCGAGCUCAGGAGCCUGCCAAGGAGGAAAACAGCAAGGAAAUCCGGAGAAUCAACAGCCUGGCAAAGCGAGAGAUCUGGAUAAAGCAGCCUGGAGACACCUCUGGAGACACCAAGUUGCAGUAAUACCAGCUGUGGUGUCAGACCAUCUGGGAAAAACUGGUUUGCUCUGAAGAUCAAAGCCCAGCCCUACUCAAACCGUCCAGCAGCCACUGCCAUGAGUCCCCACGUGUGGGUGCAGCCCAGGUCAUGGGGUCCUCUGCUUGUGGGAUGGGAAGGAAGAAGCCUGGAAGAGUCUCCCUGUGCCCCCAGUCCCCACUCUGCCUGUCUGGGGGUGCCCAGGCCUACAGGCUCCCCACAGAUGCUGAAGGCAACUCCUGCCUUGUUUGCCCCCACAUGUUGCUGUUCUGUUCCUGAUCUCUGCCCUGGCAAAGGGGAUCCCACACGCAGCAGCUGGAAGAGGUCAGUGGGGUGAGAACCACUGGCCAAGGGAGUUCAGCUGCACACCCAUGGACCAUGUUGGUCCCUGCUGCCUGGGCAGGUGGGGCUGGCAGGUGUCACCCCCUGCCAGGCUGUCACUGCCAGAGUGACCCAGCCAGAGGCUGAUGUUUGUGAAGUCACACGAGUGCUCAUGGAAGAAGGGGGGACUUGGCCCUGGAGCUGGACCAGAGCUGUCCUUGUCACUGCCAUGCCCUGCCCCUGCCAGCAGUGAUCCAGGGAGGGGCCAUGGCCCCAGCCCUGUUUGGGGGGCUGAGUGCCCUGUGCCGGGCCCCGUUUCCCUCCUGCCCUUCCUCCUGAGCCCUUUGCUGUGCAGCCCCUGAUCCUGCAUUCCCUGGGCUGCUGAGCCCACCCAGCAGGGAUGGGGGAUGCCUUCUCCAGGCCUUUAGGGUGGCUUUAUGGUGCCAUGGGCAAAGGGCUCAAAUUCUCCUUUUGGGGCCAUUUUUGGGGGUUGGGUUGUGCCUUGAGCAGCCACUGUGGUGACAAGUUCAGUGUGGGAAUCUGCUGCUGCCCCUGGAGCUGGUUCUGCUUGUUGGGCUUGGGAAAGGACUUCAGCUUCUAUGUGCUUUUAUUUGUUUGUUUGUUUGUUUUUUCCUAAUAAAAGUUGCUCUUUCUAAGACA